CCCCCCCCCACUCCCCCCUCCCUCCCGAUCUCUGGCUAUAUACUGCAUGCUUUAAUAGCGAAACUAUGCGGUGCAUUUGGCAGCGAGACGCUUCAGUUUGUCAAUCGGGGGGCUUCGCUGCUGAGGGCCACGGAUGACUGGAGUGCAGCUCGGGAUCCCACACCGAGGCAGAGGCAGGGUUUCCAUCCACUCCUUUAGAAAGCCGUCAGAGGAAGGGCAGGGGGAUCGAUCUCGCUCCUUCUAACAUUUUUUUGGGGGCCAACCUGGCGACCGAGGAGUUGUUUCACUUUUGAAAAAAAGAAAAAGACCAAAGAAAGAAAGAAAAAGCACCCCGAUCUUUUCCGAAGAGUCACGAGUGGUCAAAUCCCGACCCGGUACGACGGAGCUCAAUGCCAAGGCACAUCUCAUCCUUUCUCAGCUGAAGGCUUUAAAGACGUUGGAACCAGUGGGACAGAGCAAUGAGUAGUAAAACUAGCAGGGAAGGACCAGCUCGCCAGGGUUCUGCGCCCACUCCUUCUGUGCCAGAGAGGAGGGGUAGAGGACGGCCUAGGAAGCAGCCUCAGGAGCCGACUGGCCCCCCGACCCCAAAGAGACCUCGUGGGAGACCCAGGGGAAGUAAGAACAAGGGACCCCGCCCUUCCGCAAAGAAAGUAGAACCAGCAGGAGAGAGGAGACCUCGAGGACGUCCACGGAAAUGGCCCCAGCAAGUUGUUCAGGAAGACGUUCCCCAGGCAGACCCCAAGCACGCCGGAGAGGCAGCACCACCACAACCAAAGACCUCAGCCAACGACUAGUAGCCUCAGGGCUGCCACCUACCUCAUGGACUAGGCAACAGCCCAACAAGCCACAGCCAGACUGAUGCCUAGCGAGCCUUGAAGACAGAAGAUAAGUUACAGAAGAAAAAAAGGAAAAAAAAAAUGUUUUUUUGUUAUUUUACUUUCAAAAAGUCACUGAGUUGCUGUCUCUGCUGUCAGCUUCUCAGCUGGCUUUUUAACAAGCCUCGCAGCAGAUGACGCUUCCCGCUAGUUUUAUAGCAUAUACUUAUUUUUUAUUUUUUUAUUUUUGUUUGCUUUGAACAAGAGAUUUAGGAAGAAAAGGCAUUUUUGUUAUUCUAGUAAAUCUACUGUUUACAUACCUCGCAAGUGCACACGGACAGGCAGUCUGCUGAGCCUUGUGAAUGAGGAACCUGGCAAUUCCAUCUCGGCGGUAGACAUGAAACGUGGCAGCCAAGAGAGUGAAGGUAAAACUCUAUCGGAUUGAUUUUAUUUUUCAUAUAUUUCAGCAGCAGUAUGCAAGGGCUCAAACAGGACCUGGGGUAUUUCAGCAAUGCCCAAGCUGCUCAGCCCGAAAUCUGUGGCAGGGAGGGCUAGUGGUUGAUGGCAUUGUAGAUUGCAGAAUUUGUACGGUUUAACAGGAGGUGGACACACAUAUGCAAAUAGUUUUUCGUGUAAUGGCCAGUCUAGAAAAAAAAAAUAAAUUGUCACAGUUUGACAGAUUGUCGGUUUUUAACCAGCACAACUCUAGCAAAACAAGCCAAUGGGAAAAGCCAAGGCACUGACAACUGGCUGGCUGCCCUUAGGAGAACAGUUCAAGGCAAAGCUUGACGUCAGCCAUUGACAGCCCGCCAAUCAGAUUUGCCCGGUUUCCUCUUUGCCCCUCUGCUGAAGCAGCAGGUUUCAAAAGCCUGUCGACAGCUGUGGUGUCCCAUUUAUUGUUGAAUGAGGGCAAAAAUGAGAACUUUGAAAGGUACUGGCCCAGUUUUGCCUGGUGCCAUCUUGGAGUUGUUUUUUUUUUUCUUUUUUGUGUAGGUUCCGCUUAGCCCCUUAGACAUCUUUGUGAGACCACUCAGUACAGCGAAAAAAGUCCAUCUCUCCAUUUUAUGAGCACUUUGUUGUUUUUAGAAACAGGAGCCGAUUCCAACAGCUUCGGGCAGGGUUCAGCUCAAGAUGGGACAGCAGGAGGUCACAGGGCACACUCAUGGCUGGACCACUUCAGAGCAGCCCGUUAACCUUAAAUCUGGAUUUUUUGGGGAUGGUAUUUGAAAACCAGAACAUCCAGAAAUUAGCCACAUUGACUGCUGCAAGGCUGUCUCGCCUCUAAUGGCCACUCACAUCACACUGUAUAUCCCAGGAUGAAUUUAGAAUUCCAUUUGUAUUCUUUUGGCUUGCAGUGUCAGUCAUGUUCUUUUCCCAGUUUUUGCUCACAAGUGAGCUGCUAGAGGCCCAUAAAAAAGCAAAGAUAGAAGCGUUCAGCUCACGGCCAUUCUAUGGUGUGGUUCCUCAUUCACAACGGUUCAGGCUACACCACUGAUUAAUGAGGUGCGGACCAGAAGUCGUGCGGCGCUGGUCUGCUGGAGACUGAUUCACCGAAACAUGCAACAAGAGGGUGACCCAAGGCUGUGGAGUGCUCAAGCUUAUGGGUCACUCCUGUCAUUAAACCAGAGUUAGAACGGACAAGAGAGAAGGAGGACUUUCAGGUUAGAAUGCCCUGUCCUGCAGCUCACCACAGCAGUCUGUGAAAGGCAGUAAUGGCAAGGUGGACCAAUAGGCCUCAGGAGACAGACCAUUGAAGACCAUUGUUUCCAGCAGUGUGUCUUAUAGCAGUGGGGAGCGGGAGAGCAUGUACCAACCACCCAGACGGCCCACCCUCUGUCUUUUCAAGGCCACACCACUGUGUUUUAAUUUGUAUGUUACUUGUUUUGUGCUCUCCCAGCUAGUAGAAAUCCUCCAGAGCUGCAGGACAGCAGCAGACUUCUCAGAGGGUGUGAGACACUCAACUUACUGAUCUUUCAGGAAUUUUGUAUUUUCUUUAUAUAUUCUUUUUUGUUUUGUUUUUUUUUAACUCCGCAAUUGUCAGGAACAUGCUCAGCUCAGCUCAGCCUGAUGCUUUAAAAGCAAUCUUUCCAAUCAUCUGAAGAACUAUUAGUGUUGGGCGCCACAGCUUCCAUCUACCUCAGCGACUGCCACGCUAAAUCAUUACUUGACAAAGCGAGCAAAGAGCUGGUCUUACUGUAACAAACUCUCCAGUUCACAAAGCUCUCUGCUCCUUCUUCUUGUGGGCAGCAAUCACUCAGGGGAUAUGAGGGCGAGGGAGUGGGGCUUCAUCAGGACUUGACUUUACAUUUUCGACUUGCAGGGAAAACGGUGGCCACCCUUUUGAGCAUCCACGCCAUGCCUCCUUUGCCAACCUCCCUCCAAACGGCCAGGCGUCCCCAGAACAUGACAUGAGAAGUAAAGAAACAUGCAUGACAUCUCUAGGGCGCAUGAGGGUCCCAUGAUGUUCAGACUUGCAUCGCCUGGCUUGUGCUCUCUUGGGGUAAAUGUGGAACGGGCUAAUUUGUUCAAUCAGCAGGCAACUUGGGACCAGGCCUGCAGUUCUUGCUGAAUUCUGUUGUGCGUCGUCUCUAUUUACAGUUCAUUUAAUUGAAGACCGUUUAAGACAAUGAAGCAACAACAUCUGGACACGGUCCUGCAGCUACACUGAUGUGCUCCUCAUCAUUCGUUCAGGGGGUCAUUGUAAUCUGUACUUGACUUAGUGAGGAUGAAAUCUUGGGCACUGAUACCAUACUCUAUAAAGAUCUGCUACUCUACUCUAUAAAGAACUGCUGAGCGCUGGCAGGACACACAGAUGAUCUUGGACUCUUAUGUAACAGCAGUGGCCAUGUUUCUGGGGUAUUUUUCAGCCUCUCUUCUCGAGGGCUGCUAUAUAUUAGGAAGUGUUGCUGUAUCUUUAAACAUAGACAAGACGCUGGAAAGGAGAUUGCAUGUUAGGCCAUUCUGCUUGUCAUUAAGCGUUCCCAAAUGAUUUCUAUGUACUGUUCUGUUUUGGUUCAAUCGUAAUGUAUCAGUGUUUACUUAACCUUACUAUUGCUCUGCGCUAUACAGUGCCAUUAAUUGAAUGCACUAUCAUGAGAUGCUUCUAAAUAUAUACGCUUGUAAAUACCAAAGAAAUAGGUAAAAGCAAGGUGAAGCUAAAGAAAAUGCCAUCUUACAGGGCAUUUGUUCACCUUAUAGCCCCCGUGGAGCUUGUGGCGGCAGCAACCUCACCUCAUCAUGGCCGCAAGUAAGACAGAAUAGCAUACGAUUCAGUGCUGCCCACUCUGAAUCCUUCCAGCUCUUUUCAUGAUAGCCCACCUUAGUUAGGAGGGAGAGCUCAAGCCUUAAGUGCCUGCCAUGGAUCAGGAUGACAUUCACUUCGGGCACUUUCAUGGCAUCAUGGAGCUGCAGACUACACCUUCAGGUGGCAGGUUCCUCUGCAUUUCUAUAAAUUGACCUUACUGUACUUCCAUUUGGUCUUCCAAGUCCAGGAUGAGUCAGAGAAAAGUGCUCUGAUCGUGUUGUGAAGCAGUCACUAUGAACUCCUGGGCCGCUCCAAGUGUCCCCUAGAAAUGCACAGGAAGUUGACCUCGUUCAUUUUUACAUCCGCUCCCUGUGACAUUCUUCUCACGUGGCCUUUACUGGUUUUGACACCCAUAAUCCAGUUGCUGCAUCACAGCUGCCAUUUCUUUUCUUUUUUUUAUCAUUUACUACAGACUCUGUAAUGGUAAUAAAAUGACUGUCCGUCUUUUUAUGCUUCACGGUCAUUCUCCAGAUCCACCAAUUUUACUCUUUAGCUUUUAGUUAGAGACGUGUUUAAAAAUCAUGGAGCUGGAUUGAACUGAUCUCCUGUCAUCUUACAACGAUUCUGAUUGAGGAGAACAGUCCACUUCUCCUUGACACACACAGGAGCAGACUGCACUGAAUCGGCCUAGUGUGGCGGCACACCAUGAUGGUGAACACCAAGCUGGCAUCCUGAAGAUGUAAGCACCAUCUGGAGUUUGACAAGACGUGGUUAAGUGAAAUACACUUUGCCCUUCAACUGUGCAUCUCCUGCAGUUCUGCACAGUUUGCCCCGAAGGACUGUCUGAGCUCAUCGUUCUGAUUGUCCUCUCCUCCAACCAGCAGAUCCUGUUGUCGUAAAGCCAAAACAAACCAAGCAGCAGCUUCGCUAGGCAGCUUUAAACUUGAAGUCUCAGCAUAUCGGUACUUGAGAGAACAACAGGGAGUUCACUGGAAGCGUCUGGCAGUCUCUUCCGACUCAAUAAAACGAGCUCUGCCAGGUGCACUUGCAUCUUCUCUUUUUCACUUGAAAAACAAGUCAGCCAUGUCCAGCUAAGCCUUAACAUUUAGUCUCAUUUUUUUGAGUGCGUCAUUGACAGUUUAACAUUGUCAUGUUGUGGUAUGCAUCUAGCUUAGGAUGUUUAGUUUUGGACUACAAGUACACGUUGGCUAAAAAAAAUUCUAGCAAUAAAUCUGUUGAUUCUGAUUACCUUCGUUCAUCUCUGGGAUUUUAAUAAGUGAAAUGUGCUGUAUUGUCAAUGACUUAGAACUGGACAGCACGUUCAGACCUCUGGGGUUGACAUUUCAAAACAAGGUAACUAAGUUGGGCAUUUUGGCAAAUCGGUGUUCACCCGAUUGGAGAAUACGUUGACCUUUGAAACUUAUUGAAUGAAUGCGUUUCGGUAGCUGGACAGAACCCCCAUCAAUGUGGUGGAAGGGCGUGUGACCACCACAUUCUGGGACUGAUGUAGUUCAAAUACAAAUAAGGUGAGGCUAAAUCAAUCAGUUCCCACCUCUGUCAGCUUUAUGUGUCCAUGCCAGACAUGUGGAAUGUCCACUUUGAUGAUAGUGCCUAAUGGUUGUCUCUGAACACUCCUCACAGUGCCAUUCCAGUGGGCAUCUGACAUGAUUCCCAUCCUCUCUUGCUAUUACUACUGUGGCCAUUGGGAAACAGUCAUUUCCUGGGACCCCUCCGAGGCCCAACCCUCAGAAUUGCUCAGACCUCAACCUAACCUAACCAUGUGUGUGACCCCCGCGAUCCCAUGGACUACCUCUAAAAGCCACAAUCUCCUUAGGUUCUCCAACCAAUACCUCAUCUAUUACAGGACAGUCACAAUGGAAGACCUGCAUUCCGGCGGGAACAGCAUGAGAAUUUGAGUUAUAUAUUUCGGGAGAUAAUUUUGAAUGCCUGUUCUCAGUCGGCAGCAGGUCCAUUUUUUUAUUUGUUCAGGCAACUGAAAAUUCUGCCUUUUUCAGGUCUCUUUUUAAAUCACUUAUGUUUAUAGUAAAAUAUCUUUUAUUUUGGACUUGUGACUAGUAACCUCUUUUGUGUUAUGUUUGUACCAUUGCAAAAUAAAUGUCAAUCCUGUUUACCUCUUACUUAAUGGAAAAUGUAGUUAGUAGGUCUUUUACGGAAUUUUUGUCUUGUUUAUUUUCCAAUAAAAUGUAAGUUAUGCAUCA